AUGGUAAUUAAUGGUAUCUCCCAUUCAUCAUCAUCGUCGGUGUCGUCGGCGAUCGGUUACGCCAAUCAGACCCUCACACGUUUCGCCCACAUACGCCAGCUCUAUCCGAAAAUUUCUCAACAUGGUGAAGCGAGAUUUUGGCGUAUGGCACGCAGUGAUAAUUUCCAAGAUCACCCCUGUAAGCGGGAAUGUGUUCCCAAUCAGCAUAUGACCUGUUAUUAUUAUAUGGUCGUACACUAUGACGAAACUAUGGGUCCGGGUUGUGAUGAAUAUUUGAAACCACAAAAUCGUUAUCGUUAUGGCAAUCGUGAAUAUAUUAAUAUGCAAAAUAUAAAAUCGAACAGCGGCAGCAGCAGGAAAUUUGAUGAUUGUAAAUAUGCCGAUGGAGUGCGCAGUGAAAUUAUGGUGGUGAAUGGUCAACUGCCGGGCAUGUCCAUUGAAACGUGUGUUGGCGACACCAUUGUUGCGGACAUAAUAAAUAGCAUGCACGAAAUUACGACCAUCCAUUGGCAUGGAAUGCAUCAGAUAAAUACCCCGCAUAUGGAUGGUGUGCCAUAUAUCACACAAUAUCCCAUCGAACCGGGACAGGCAUUUCGUUAUCGUUUCGAAGCAGAUCACGUGGGUACACAUUGGUGGCACAGUCAUACCGAACAUCAACGGGCAUUUGGUUUAGCCGGGCCGUUGGUGGUGCGUCAGCCCCGAAAAGAGAAUCCCCAUGGCCAUCUCUAUGAUUUCGAUUAUACCGAACAUAUUAUUAUGUUGCAGGAUUGGAUGAGUGAUUUUGAUGAAUCGGUAGCCAAGAGUAUUCUCAUCAAUGGUUUGGGACGUAAUGUCAAUGCGACGAUGCCAGCAAAACCCACACUCUAUGCCCGCUUUGAGGUGGCCAAGGGUGGGCGUUAUCGUUUUAGGGUUAUCUUCAAUGGCAACACCAAUUGUCCCGUCUCGUUUAGCAUCGAUCAGCAUGAUCUGCUCGUAAUUGCAAGUGAUGGUAAUGACAUUGAACCGGUGAUGGUACAAAAUAUCACUUUGCAUGGAGGAGAACGCCAUGACUUUGUGCUGCAAGCUAAUCAGGCUGUGGCUAAUUAUUGGAUACGUUUAAAGGGCCACAACUUCUGUGAAAUCCAUGAAUUACAUCAGGAAGCCAUAUUGCAUUAUAUGGGUGCGGAUCGUCUAAAAAUGCCCAAGGGCCCCGCACCCUCCUACACCUAUGAAACUCAAAAUGCAGUUACAUUCAAUUCCAUGGACAUUAGCCCUUCAAAGCUACACAAACGUUACAGUUUCAUGGAGGUUAAGGGUAUUAUACCGAAGUCAUAUUCCAAAGCAAUGGCGGGUAAACCCUAUCGUACCUAUUACACCAGCAUGAAUAUUAUCAAACGUGGUGAAACUUACAUCUUUCAAAUGGACGAUAUCUCCUUUACAAUGCCAAAAAUAUCUCUGCUGCAAACUCGUAAUCUGGGUAUUGGUAAAUGGUUCUGCAAUCGCACCCAACAAAUAGCGUUGGGAUUCAAUUGUCAAAAACGUCAUUGCCGCUGUACCAAUGUCAUACAGGUUCCGGCAUUUAAAUACAUCGAAAUGGUUAUAGCUGGAAAAUCGGUAACCGCACAUCCCGUACAUUUACAUGGUUUUACAUUUGAAGUGGUCGGUAUGGGUGUAUUGGGACCAGAUAAAAUUGAUAAGAUUGAACAAAUCGAUCGCAAAACCCCAUUGCCGCGAAGGACCACAAAAGCACCACUCAAAGAUACUGUUGCAGUACCAGCAUACGGCUACACGAUAAUACGUUUCUAUACAAACAACCCGGGCUAUUGGAUUAUUCACUGUCACAUUUCGAUACAUUCGGAAAAUGGUAUGGCCGCCAUAUUGCGUGUGGGUGAUGAUAUGCAAAUGAAAAUGUGCCCAGUUAGCAAUUGUGGCCUGUGUAAUUCUGUUGUCUAA